AUGUGUUCCUCAAACUGCAACAGCUGACGGACCGCGCCGCGCAGCACGAGACGGAAAAACAGCAGAUGCGCGAGGAGUUUGGACUUCAGAGAGCCAAAAUGAAGGAACUUUAUCUCCAGAAAGAGGAGGAGAUAAAGCGUGGUUCGUCGGAGCAGACAAGGCUCACCGGUGAGUUGAAACGCUUGCAGAGCGAGUUGGACGAGGCUCGAGUACAAGCAACACUCGCUAGACUCGACUUGGAGGAGGAGAAACGCAAGUUCCAGGAUGAGGUGGCCUCGCUGCAGCAACUCGUCACAGAGACAGUAGAGGAAUCAAGUCGCUACGAGUCGGAGUUGAAGGAUCUCCGGAGGACCAACGAGCGGUUGGAGGCCGAAGUGACGGAGUUGCGAGGGCAGUCGCAUGAGGCUCCACUGCUAGCAGCUCCCGGUGCCAUGAUCUCCACUCUGGCUCGCCGUGUAGCCAGCCAGCUGGGGGCGGACUCUGCAGCCCCCGCCCCCCCACCGGCCCCUGUCAUUGCCACCGCCGACAACCUCGAGGAGAGCAUGAGGAAGGUAAACAAAUAUGCUAAAGAAGAUGCUGAGGUUCUCCGAUCGUUGGUAAUUCCAUUGGAAGAAGAAAUUAAUGCUCUUAAGGAAAAAUUACGAGCUAAUGAUCUGCUUCUUCGAAAAUACCAGGAGGAAGGAUCCCAUGCUGAGUCUCUUGACACAACUAGCAGCAUCUUGGAGUCUCCUGCUGUGGACACAGCAAGUAUCUCUGGUCAAGAAAAUAUAAAAGGAAACAAUUUAACGUCUAGUCUGUCCAAAGUUCCUAGUUCACCUCUGCGAAACUCAGUGGAGGGAAAACUGUUCGACACGUCACCUGAGUCAGGCAAGGCUACUGAGUGUGAUAUGUGCCUCAACUACGAGACACAGCUGGUGAAUGAGCAAAAGCGAGUGGCCGAGCUAACCAAGCAGCUGGGGCUGUUAGAGCGUUGCCGUGACGAUCUCCAGAAGGAGAUGGCCAACCGGAAGGACAUGGAACAGAAGUGGAACGAGAACAAGGAGGAACACAAGGCGCAGGUGAGCGAGCUGCUGCAGAGGGUGACAAGCAGUGAGGCUGCUCUGAAGGAGUUGAGAGCCAACUUCGGUCAGAUGACCACCUCCCUGACCCGAGAACUGGACAGGCUGCGAGCGCAGAGAGAGCAGUCACAGAGGGAUCUGGACAGCAUACAACUUGAAAAUGAGAAACUGGUCGGACGCUACAACGCUCACUCUCAGGAACUUCAGGAUGCGUUCAUCGAUUUGCCUGAUAAAGUAGAGGAGCUACAGGAGAUGGUACUGAAGUGUAGAGAAGAUCUUAUCGCAGCAAGGGUGGGCCAGGAGAGAGCUGAAGCAGUGGCAGCCACCCAGAGAGAGGAAGCCCAGCUGUAUCUCAGCCAGAGUGAGGCGGAGCAGCAGCAAAGACAGCAGCUAGAGAACAGUCUGGCGGCUGAGAUCAAUGUUCUCAAAACACAACUAAAUAAAGAAGAGAUGCUACGUAAGGAAAAGCAGAAGAGGAUUCAGAUCAUGGAGCAAGCAGAAGUGAACAUGCGAUCAGAGAUGGAUGACCUCAGAUCGCAGCUAGAUAACGUCAAACAUGCCAGA